AUGAGCGACAUGGGAACAGCAAUGGCCAACAUGCCAAGUGGCGUUCCGGGAUCCUCCCGAGAACGGUCAGAUGUGGCGGAUCUGGAGAAACAGUUGGUGCAAGAGCAGAUAGUGCCAAUCCCUCGCAACAACUCCUGGUCUGGCACAGAGCGUCGAGUGGAAUCGAGCCCUGAGUUGGCUGCUUCACGACGACUACGUGAACCUGGUGGCUUUAGAAGAGGCUUCUUGCAGGCCCAAGCUCUCAAUGAAGGAGUUCAGCAAGCGGAGUUGCCCAGCAGAUGGACUGGGAGGUUGGUGGAUACCUUGCGUGUGCAAAGCUUUCAGGUGGAAAGUCACUUUUAUGGCUUGGACCUGGACGAGGAUUCCAAAGAUGAACCGCCACCUGCUGGAGCUGGGAAUCUGAGUAUCGCCUUCCUAAUCUUUAAAGGAAAUUGUGGCUGUGCGAUCCUGUACAUGCCGCGGGGUUGGAUGCAUGGAGGUUUGCUGCUCGCAUCCAUUGCUGUGCCGCUGAUUGGUUUCGCAUCCAUUUGGUGCUCUUUGCGCUUGUUGAAGGUGCGCAUGCAGACUGAAGGUUAUGCUGGUUAUGGCGAGUUGAUGAGCAAUGCCAUGGGGGUGUGGGGAAGAAGAGGCACCAACAUCUUCAUCGUCUUGUUGCAGUCCGGCAUUUGCUGUACCUAUUUUAUUGUCGCAUGCACGCUGCUGCAAAGCACCGUUUGUCCUAAGGUUGGUUUGAACAUCUUAAUUCCCUGCAUGUGCCUGGUGAUUCUGCCGGUGGUGGCCAUUCGCAAAAUCUCAUCCCUGUGGCCCUUGAGCUUGUUGGGCACUCUCCUGGUGGUCCUGGGAGUGGUGGUGGUCUUCGGGCUGGAACUGGAGGGCCUGGUUGAAACUCACGACCGCGGGCCGUUGCUAUGGAUGAACUGGAGGGAGCUGCUGGUGUGUUUGGGACAGGCUUGCUUCAUGUUUGAAGGGAUUGGCCUGAUCCUUCCCACCUUCGAUGCGAGCAAGAAGCCAGAGGACUUCCCCUGGAUCUACACCAUCACAAUGACCGCAACGCUAAGCCUGGUAUGUUGUAUCGGGCUCUUUGGGUACAUGGCGUUUGGCCAAGGGGUGCAAAACCUGGUCCUGUUGGAUUUUCAGCCGGGAGUGUUGGUUUUUGGAGUGCGCCUGGCCUUCAUGUUGCAAGUCUUGUGCUCCUUCCCACUGCAGAUGCUUCCGGCCUCACGUCUCAUCGAGGGCCUUUUCUUUGAGCGGAUCUCCGAUCCUCCCUUGUCACGGAAAUUGGCCAAAACAGGCUUCCGAUUUUUGCUGGUGAUAUGUUUUGCUGCGAUUGCCUAUCUGGGGGCAAGCCACUUGGACAAUUUCGUGAGUCUCAUUGGGGCUUUGUGCGGUAUGCCCCUGGCCUUUAUUUUUCCAGCUGCUGCACAUUACAUUCUCAUCAAGGAGCAGCAGUGGCUGGACCUGCUUCUGAUGGCCAUUGGUGCCGUGCUCACCGUCCUGGUGACGGCCGUGAAUCUCGUGGCGUUCAUCCCGAAGUUCCAUAAGGCACCGGCAAAGGUGCCAAAAGUGAAAGGAGGAUCACCAAAAAUGGAAUUGCCCAACGUGCCGCUGCACACCGAAGAGGUUGAGGAGGAGGAUCGACACGGCAAGAAUGAACCGAAGGAAACAUUUGUACGUGCCAUGUCCGAUGAGAAGGAUGAUCCGCCCACCAUCGAGGAAUCGGAGGGCCAGACGGGACAGCCGAAAUUGCUACGCAAACAAGUGCAGCCAUUGCAAGAAUUUGCGGAGUUUCACCAGACCCAGUUUUACCAUCGAAGAGUUGGCUAUGAGAUCUACGACACUGACACGAAAUUUCAGGUGUAUCAGAAGAAGACCCGGAGAUUCUUAGACUCGUCACUGUUUGGCAAAAUCUUGGCUGCAAUUAUCCUGCUCAACUGCGCGAGUAUGGGAUGGCAGGUGGAUUGGGGAGUGCGAAAUUAUUCUCUGUCUGAGCCAGUGGUUUUUGAGGUGAUCACAACCUUGUUCACCUUGGUCUUCAGUGUAGAGUUCGCCACCCGAUGUUUCGCCUACGGGAUCUUCAUGUUCAGCUGGUACAACUCAGAAAUUGGGUGGAACAUUUUCGAUGGCACUUUGGUGCUCAGCUCUCUUCUUGACGAAGUUAUGAGCAGAACAUCUGAUGGCAUCAAUGUCACUGCGUUGCGUGUCCUUAGACUUGCGCGCUUACUGCGCAUCCUCCGUGUGUUCCGCGUGGUGCGUUAUUUUACAGACCUGAGGGUGAUGGUGCAAGGCAUCCUUCUAUCCGCAAAGACGUUGAUCUGGGCAAUCGCUUUGCUCAUGGUAUUGAUGUUCUCCGUGACAGUCUGCAUUUGCCAGUUGCUGCGGCCAUACCUGGCCUCCUUGGAAUCAGAAACCGAGAAGACCGAACUCACCGACUCCUUCGGCUCCAUGAUUUUGGGCAUCUUUACCCUCUUCCAGGCCAUGUCUGGCGGUGUGGACUGGGGAGAAGUGGCCCUGAAGUUGAUGAAAGUCAGCUGGUGGCUUGCACUUCUGUUUUGCGUCUACAUGGCCUUUGCGCUAUUUUGUGUGCUCAACGUGAUGACGGGAGUCUUCGUUGAAAAUGCCAGCAAGAUGACGUCGGCCGACGAGGAGAUGAUCAUGAUGGAGGAGGUGCGUGCACGUCAGGAUUACGUGGACACCGUGAGCCGCCUGUUUGCUGACUGUGACAAGGACAACUCAGGUGCUGUCGAGUGGGAGGACGGGGUGUGCGGAGUUCAGUGGAAGGUGGACCCACAAAGUCAGGAACCAGAAGAGCCUGCAGCGUUUGAAGACGAUGAGAGCAUCUUGGAGAGCUUCGGCGACGAUCGCAGCCCAGACGCGUCGCCCGGCAGUUUCUGGGACGAACCCACGCCGCGCUUCGAUCUGUCACCCGCCAGCCGACGUACCUCAAAGGAAAGCCGCAGGAAUUCAGCUUCCAGCCGCAGAAUGUCGGCAUUUACUCAGAAGACUGCAGGCAGUCGGCGCACAUCUGCUACCAGCACAGCUAGGCGACAGUCGACUGAAACAGAUGCGUCCGUCCCAUCAAGAUUUGGCUUUAACAAGCAAUCGACUGAAGAGUUCAGCACCAAAUUGGCGCGACCAGCCUCCGCUUCGGCCAUUCUGCAAGCGCGCGCACGGCUGGAGAUGCUGGAGGAUGAGCAGUCACGGAGCACCAUGGUGCAGCGGGUGAACGAAAGGGUCCGGCAGCUCGUGGAGGAGGCCAAACAGCCAUUUCCCUUCAGCAAGCGGGACAUCGAGGCUCCACCUGCGGCUCCCGAAAAGGAUACGAGCUUGCGCAGCUACUUCUCUCCCGGUCACGCAGAGCUCUCAGCACUAGAAGCUCGAAGGGAUAAAGCACGUUUCUACGACAAAAAGCCAGUGCAUCAAUACUAUCUCAAUCGAGCAGGGCACUCGCUGCAAAAGCUGCUUGUCGACUUUGACUUGUCGAAGCAUUCCGGAGGUGAGGCUCAAAUGCACCGAGCUCGUUGUGACCACGCAGAACGCAUUCUGGGAUGGUACGAGAAUCACGUCGCUCCCUGCGAGGUGAAAGCACGUGAAGCGCCGCGUACUACCGUCCCCUGGCUGUUCCUGAAGGAGGAUGAGAAGCCACCCCCCGGCUCCAUGCGACCCCGCAGCGCACUAAGCCGAGUUCGUGCCAUCCACGCUGGGUACAGCGCGCCUUUUGGGCCCUAUGGGGAUGAUGAGCAGUGGCGAUCACGGCUACCCAGACGACCUGCCAGUGCCCCUCUGAUCAGGGUGCUGUUUCGUUUGGGCUCCCAUUUGACAAGUAGCUGGGAGCGCUUCUCGCUCUUCUUGGUAUCGAGGAUUGCCUUGGAUACCGAAGCUGAUUUGAAGAACGUCUUCCACAUGUUGGACUUUCAGAACAAUGGUAGCGUCUCCGUUCAGGAAUUUGCCAUUGGCAUCCAGAUGUUUAGUGGCGGUGCCAAGAGCAUUGAUGUGGCCAGGCUCAUGUUCGAAGUGACGACUAUCAAGAAAUACAUGACAGACAUGUAUGACGUCCUCGUUGGUCCAGUGGCAGAGGAAGACAAGUUCAAUUUCCGGGUGUCGCCACUGGAAAAAGCCAACGCUGCGACCAACGAGGUGAUUUCCAGGGCUUCAGUGGUGGGUGACAUCAGGGAUGACGUCAGGGCUUCCUUGAUGGGCAGACAAGAGGGACCAGGCCUGCAAGGAGUAGUCCCAGAUGGACACAUGAGAUGA